AUGGCUCAACAGAAGAACCUUGAAGGAUAUGUGGGGUUUGCCAAUCUCCCAAACCAAGUGUACAGGAAAUCCGUGAAGAGGGGAUUUGAAUUCACACUUAUGGUUCUAAUCAAAGAAGGGGGAGUCCAGCUACUUCUUACAAUAGUAGAUACACCUGGAUUUGGAGAUGCAGUGGAUAAUAGCAACUGUUGGCAACCGGUUAUUGACUAUAUUGACAGUAAAUUUGAAGACUACCGUAAUGCAGAAUCCCGCGUGAACAGACGCCAGGUUGCAGAAGUGGAAAACAGUGAACAUUGUGACUUCACUAUACUGCAAAACAUGUUGAUAAGAACUCACAUGCAGGACCUGAAGGAUGUAACCAAUAACGUACAUUAUGAGAACUACAGGAGCCGAAAACUGGCAGCUGUCACUUGUAAUGGAGUUGAUAACAACAAAAACAAAGGACAGCUAACAAAAUUUGACACAGUUGAAGGCAUGAGUCCUCUGGCUCAAAUGGAAGAGGAAAGAAGGGAACACGUGGCCAAAACGAAGAAAGUGGAGAUGGAAAUGGAGCAAGUGUUUGAAAUAAAGGUUAAAGAAAAAGUGCAGAAGCUUAAGGACUCCGAAGCAGAGCUUCAGCGGCGCCACGAGCAAAUGAAAAAGAACCUGGAGGCUCAACACAAAGAGUUGGAGGAGAAACGGCGUCAGUUUGAGGAGGAGAAAGUAAACUGGGAAACUCAACAGCGCAUACUGGAACAGCAGAAUUCUUCCAGAACUUUGGAGAAAAACAAGAAGAAAGGGAAGAUAUUUUAGAAUCAUUCUUAGACCCCGUACUCUAUCAGUUGCCAAUUUGCCAGCCCAGACAUCAGUGUUCGUUGGAAACAUUCAGCCACUUUUCAAAACCAGUUGCAUCCAUAAUUGUUGGAUUAAGCGGCAUGACAUUUUUUUUUUCUUUAUCCUUUUUUUUUAUUCUUAUUGUUGACGGAAAUUAAGAUGCCUUGAAUUGUUUGAGGUUUUGCAUACUUGGAGAACUAUACGCUGCAAGUAACUUGCUCCCUUUUCCCCCCACUUUCUCUUUUUAACCGAUGCCUUCGUUUUAAAAGCAAGACAAAGCAUUUUACUGUUGUAUAACCAUGGUCUGGUGGCUGGUAGCAGGAUAAUCUACAACACAAGGACUCUGGCUUACAAAUGAAGAUACGUAUAACAAGACUUCCAUACAUACGGUUUAUUGUAAUUUACAUUUUCUUCCCCUAAUUUUGACAAUUCCAUUGUUUAAAACUACACAUGGGAAUAUAGGCUUACAGUGCACAGAAGCUUUUUGUGUUACGUUUUUUGUUUUUGUUUUUUUCUUAGAACCACCCUCUUGUGUUGAGGAAUUCUUUACUUAUAUGCUAUUUCCAUUUAGAAACUUCUGUAGCCAGGAGAAAGUACUGCUUCCUUUUGUAAUAACAUUUACUUUAGAUAUAUUUUUCCAAAACUUGGUCCUACUGAAUUAAAAUAUAGCUUAUUUCCUUACGGUAGAACCAAUGAGUGAAACUUUUUUUUUUCUUUUACCUCUUUAAAUUCUUCCCUAAGUUUUGUGGUAAAGCAGCAGGAAUGAUGCAUAUAUAAGUCAUUUCUAGAUUAA